GUGCUACAAACUUCUCACCCUUCAUAUAUUUUUUUAAUAUUAUCAGUUAAGUCAUUUUCUAUGUUGUCUUUAUAAUUCCCUAGGCUUAAGAGCAAAGGAAGUGGUUUUGUUCAGAGUAUUGCACAUACAUACACAUACUGGUUUUUCUAAAUGAGUUCUAAAAAGAUUACAUGGAAGUCUAUUGUGUUGAUCUUAAACUGUUACAAGACUCAAAGUUCCUUACAGGAAUCAGAGAAACAGGUUUUGAAACAAGGUUCUUUCCAAAGGUUAUGCCUCUCGGAUAUAAGCAUUCCUAGCUCCCCUCAGGCCAUUGAAGAUCUUUCCAUUUCCCUUGUUGGUCCAAAGCUUUACACAUUCACCCUAGAGGAGCUAAGGGAAGCAACACAUAAUUUCUCAUGGAGUAAUCUUCUGGGUGAAGGAGGGUUCGGACCUGUGUACAAAGGUUUUGUUGAUGACAAACUUAGGCCUGGUUUGAAGGCUCAGUCUGUAGCAGUAAAACAACUGAACUUGGAUGGCUUCCAAGGUCACAGGGAGUGGCUGGCGGAGAUUAUAUUUCUUGGACAGCUGAGGCAUCCACAUCUUGUUAAGUUAAUUGGCUACUGUUGUGAGGAGGAGCACAGGCUUCUUGUGUAUGAAUACAUGGCUAGAGGCAGCUUGGAGAAUCAACUAUUCAGAAGAUACUCUGCUGCCUUGCCAUGGUCAACCAGGAUGAAGAUUGCAUUGGGUGCAGCUAAGGGUCUGGCCUUCCUUCACGAAGCAGAUAAACCUGUAAUAUACAGAGAUUUCAAAACUUCAAACAUCUUACUUGACUCGGAUUACACGGCUAAAUUAUCAGAUCUUGGGCUAGCAAAAGAUGGUCCUGAAGGGGAAGACACACAUGUAACGACAACAUGCAUAAUGGGAACCCGAGGCUAUGCUGCCCCUGAGUACAUCAUGUCAGGUCACCUUUCCACCAAGAGUGAUGUGUAUAGCUAUGGAGUCGUUUUGUUGGAAUUGCUUACAGGAAGAAGGGUAGUGGAUAAGUGCCGACCCAAUAGAGAACGAACCCUUGUGGAAUGGGCAAGGCCUCUUUUGAGAGAUCAAAGAAAGUUGCACCAUAUAAUAGACCCUAGAUUAGAAGGGCAGUUUCCUAGGAAAGGAGCUUUGAAGGUUGCUGCAUUGACCUAUAAAUGUUUGAGCCACCACCCCUAUCCAAGGCCAGCUAUGAGUGAUGUGGUUAAGAUACUAGAGUCUCUUCAGGAUUUUGACGAUGUGAUCAUAGGACCAUUUGUGUAUGUUGCAGUGAGUGAAAGUAGCCAAUGAGAUGCUACUGUCA